CUGGGUUUGAAAGUGGGUCGUUUUCGGACGCUCGUAGCGAGUUUCCGCGGUCAAAUUCCUAUCCUUGUUGUUACGCCACUUAGGGUGCAUGAAUAAUGAAGAAAAAUCAACCUAAAAAGACUUCAGGCACUAGUCAAUCCGGUACUGGAAACCCAGUUCACUUGCAUAUACCUGGUGAUACACCGAUUUAUCUACAUGUCAAUAGUAAAACACACGUAUCGCAUAUACCUGAGUCAACGACUCCAAAAACGUCUAGUACCAGUCAGUACCAAGCACCAUGGGUCCCACCACCGGGAAAAACAAGUUCAGGGCAAUACGUAUAUGAUCCAAUACGUCUAAGGGGGAAGUCUAAUGAAAGAAAACGCCGAUCACGUUCUGUGGAAUCUGUCAGUGAUGCUGUACAUCGGGAUUUUGUACAGUUCAAUGAUGACACGGAGUCUGAUAAAGAAUUACAAGAUCAAUAUUCUAAAGAAUUCAUUCCACAUGAUACUAUACCAAUAAAAGAGCAACCAUAUAGUAGUAGUUCUUUGAAACAUAAAGAUACAAUAAAGCCCACAUAUAUUACAGGAAAAUGCAGAGGUUUCGAAGAUAAACUAAAUGAUGGAUCAUUAUUGACAACGGCAGUUUUAGAUGAAUGGAUAAGGGAUUUGGAUAAUGCAUCUAUUCGUAUUGUGAAAUCAGCAAGAAAUAUGGUGGAUUGUUUAGAACAAGUUGCAUAUGAAGGAAGACGUGUUGAUUCACAUGAUAUGUCACUUCUUGUUCAACCACGUGAUGAGUUAUUAUUACAAGCUGAGAUUGCUGGAUGUGCAGGACGAGAACUAUGCCGAUGGGCUACAACUGUCCAACAACAACAAAGUCAAAUUUUAAAUAAUCGUUUAGCUCAGACACAGAAUCGUGAAGCCACUUUAGCAUCUGAAGUUCAACGUUUAACAGAAAAACUGGAUCGAAUGGAAAUUGAUUUAGAAGUAGCACAAAAACAAUUAAAUGAACAACAAAGUGAAAGUUUAAAAUUUAACACAGUACAUGAAUCUUUGGAGUCUGUAAAAAAUCACUUACAGCGUCAAUUGCGUCAACGUGAAGCAGAAUGUAACCGAUUGUCUGUCCAAGUGCGUAAUUUAGAAACUCGUCUAACUGAACAACAAGCACAAAAUCGAGCACGUCUAGAAACAGCUGAAGCUAAUUUAGAACGUAUGCGUGAAACAAAAGAAGCAUUGAAACGAGCUGCCAAAUCACAAAAACGUCGUGCAGAUGAAGCUGAAGAAGCAUAUCGUGAAAUUGCGCAUAAACUUGCUACUCAAGAAUCUAUUAUAGCUGGUUUUCAGACGGAAUUAGAAAACUCAGCUCUUAGAUCUAGAGGUCGUAGUAAAGAACGUCAACUAAUCGAUGUAGGCAUUAUGCAUGAUGAUGAUCAUGAUGGACUAGUAGAUUCCAGUAAAUCUGUUUAUGCAAGUGGUGAUAAGAGUUUAAGAGAGGAAAAUUUUCAAUUACGUGAACUUGCAUUAAAAUGUGAACAACGUUUACAUGCAGCUGAAGAAGAAGUACAACGUUUACGUACAAAUUUAUCAAGUUGUGAAGCAUUAUUAAAUGAUUAUCAUGGUGAUGCUGCAUUACAAGCAAAUCAAUUGCAUAAGCUGAAUGAACGAUUAAAAAAAACUGAAUCUGAUCGAGAACGUAGUCAAAUUCAAUUAGACGAUGUAGAACAACGAUUAAUGGAAGCAGAGAAUCGUAAUCGUAUUCUAGAAAAUGCAUUACAAUCAUCUAAAGAAUCACAAAAAAACAAGCCUAUACCAAAUACUGCAAUCCAUACGAAACAAUCAUUGAAAUUAGGUGAAUCCGAGAAACCAUUACAUUUAGAUGGUGAUGGCGGUGUUACUGGUGGCGGUGAUGGGGGUGGAGGUGGGGGUGAUUAUUAUCCAAGUGAAAAUGGUCAAUUAAAUGAAGGUGCUCAAAAUAAUCUAUCCAAAGAUCAUCAUCAUCAUCCACCUAACAUCACCACUAAUACAAUAAUAAAUAAUGUUUUAAUUCAAGAAUUAAAACGUGAACUAUGUGAAGUACGUAAUGAGAAAAAACAAUUAGAAAUACAUUCAAAUGAUUUACGUGCCCAAUUAAAUCAAACUGAUGCUACAAAUCGUAGUUUACAAGCUUAUUUAACAUUUUUAAAACGUUCCUAUACUAGUGUAUUUCAAUCUGAUAUGAUAAUGAAUCCAGCAUUGAUUAGUGGAAAUCAAUCGAUGAUAACAAAAAAUCUCAAUCAUGAAUGUGUUUAA